GGGGGAGAGCCCGGGUACCAUCAGCAACAUGCCGGACGUCCAGCAGAAUGUGCCCCCGAAGGACCAAGGUGUGGCAGAGAGCGGGCCCGGUGCGCCGCCGGAAGUGUCGGGACCGACCCAGGAGGACCAGAGCGGCCCCAAGGACCCCUCUCCCUGUCCGACAGAGACAGAUAAUGCAGUUUCCAAGCUGAGCAACAAAAUGGAGAAGAAAUGUGAUUUGCAUGUGGAUGAGAAGACUGCGCCUCCCAGCAGUUUGGAAGGCAAGGUCAAGGAGACCAUGCGUAAUGCCUUCUGGGACCAUCUGAAGGAACAACUGUCAGCCUCUCCUCCUGAUUUCAGUUGUGCUGUUGAACUUCUAGAAGAAAUCAAAGAGAUCUUGCUCUCACUGCUCUUACCACGCCAGAACCGCCUAAGAAGUGAGAUCGAAGAAGCCCUGGACGUGGACUGCCUCAAGAAGCAAGCUGAACAUGGGGACCUGGAUGUCCCUGAUCUGUCCAAGUACAUUCUCAACACGAUGACUUUGCUGUGUGCACCAGUUCGAGAUGAAGAAGUGCAGAAACUGGAGAACAUUACAGACCCCGUCCAGUUACUGAGAGGAAUCUUCCAGGUUCUGAGUCUGAUGAAGAUGGACAUGGUGAACUAUACAAUCCAGAGCCUCCAGCCCCAGCUCCAGGAACAUUCCAUCCAGUACGAACGGGCCAAAUUCCAGGAGCAGCUCAAUAACCAGCCCAACCUCCUGGAUCACACCACCAAAUGGCUGACCCAGGCAGUAGCCGACCUCACCACGCCUCCCCCGUCUGGCCCGGACACUCCCGACUCCUCCAGCAUGGCCGGCACCUCCUCGAAUGAGUCCCUCAACAGCGUGGAGCCGCUCAGCCCAGGCAUGGUGCUGUCCCAGGGCUUCCUUAACCUGCUCCUCUGGGACCCUGAAAACGAGGAGUUCCCUGAGACACUGCUGACUGACAGAAUGCGGCUGCAGGAGCUUGAGUCCCAGUUGCACCAGCUAACCGUCCUGGCCUCGGUCCUGCUGGUGGCCAGUAGUUUCUCCGGCAGUGUCUUGUUUGGCUCCCCUCAGUUUGUGGAUAAACUAAAACGCAUCACCAAAUCCCUGAUGCAGGAAUUUAACUCCAGACCUGAGGAGGCUAUGGAGACUGUGAGUGAACAGGUGUCCCAGGAAAUCCAUCAAAGCCUCAAGACCAUGGGCCUUGCUGCUCUGAGCAGCGACAGCACGUCGUCCUUGGUAGGACAACUCCGGAACAUCGCUGAGAAGGAGAACUGUGUCCGCAGUGUCAUUGACCAGCGGAUCCAUUUGUUUCUCAAAUGCUGUUUGGUUCUUGGUGUGCAGCGAUCUCUGUUGGACCUUCCGGGAGGCCUUAGUGUGAUUGAGACGGAGCUGGCAGAACUCGGCCAAAAGUUUGUCAACCUGACACAUCACAAUCAGCGGGUGUUUGGCCCCUACUACACGGAGAUCCUACAGUCCCUUGUGGCCCCAGCCCAAGCGCUGGAAACAAAAGUGGAGUCUCUGUGAGAGCACCGGCCUAGGGACCCAGCGCCUUGGGUCCAGAAGAGGGCCGCUCAUCUUCCUGGGAUGAUGUCACUGGCCAGCAGAGCAGCCAAGCCCCUUCCUGCCCUCUCAGCCAGUCCGCUAGG